CACCGCAGACUGCAGGGGCUCAAGCUGCUGCCGCGCAGCCCUCCAUCCUCGCACGGGAGGCUCAUCACCGCCACUGCCAAAAGAGUCGCCGUUGUUGUGGUCGUCACCGCAUCGGUGCAGGGCAAGAUGGCGUCAGCCACAGACUCUCGCUAUGGACAGAAGGAGUCCUCGGACCAGAAUUUUGACUACAUGUUCAAGAUCCUUAUCAUUGGUAACAGCAGUGUGGGCAAGACAUCAUUCCUCUUCCGCUAUGCAGACGACUCCUUCACACCCGCCUUUGUCAGCACUGUGGGCAUAGACUUCAAGGUCAAGACUAUCUACCGCAAUGACAAGAGGAUCAAGCUGCAGAUCUGGGACACAGCAGGGCAAGAGCGGUACCGAACCAUCACCACAGCCUACUAUCGGGGUGCCAUGGGCUUCAUCCUCAUGUAUGACAUCACCAACGAGGAGUCCUUCAACGCUGUGCAGGACUGGUCAACCCAGAUCAAGACCUACUCGUGGGAUAAUGCCCAGGUGCUGCUGGUGGGGAACAAGUGUGACAUGGAGGAUGAGCGAGUGGUGUCAUCCGAACGCGGUCGGCAGCUGGCCGACCACCUUGGGUUUGAGUUCUUUGAGGCAAGUGCCAAGGACAACAUUAAUGUCAAGCAGACCUUUGAGCGCCUGGUGGACGUCAUCUGUGAGAAGAUGUCCGAGUCACUGGACACAGCUGACCCUGCUGUCACAGGCGCCAAGCAGGGCCCACAGCUCACGGACCAGCAGGCGCCCCCACACCAGGACUGCGCCUGCUGAGAGCUGGCCCACCCACCCCCGCCCUGUUCUCCCCAACCACCAGGCCCCUCCUGACCAUGGGCACAAGACCCAGCCCCGACUUAGCCCUAGCCCGUCACCCUUAUUUAUUAUUGUAGCUAUUUAUUUAUUUAUUGGCGAUAUCCCCUGGGGGCUUGGCACCACCACCCCCUGCACCCCACCCUGUACAUACAGCCCUGUCUCUGCUCUGCCGUGGCGUGUUGUUGCCCCGCGAACUCACCACUCAUCCUCUCCUCCAGACCCCACCUUUUUAAAAAUUUACCCCAUGUAUAGUUCUGUUUUGAAGAGGGGGCCAGGUGACACCUGAGGGCAGGGUGGCCAGGUGAUGUAAGGCAGCCAGGUCUGUCAGCCCCUUGGCCACAGCGGGAUCUCGGCAUGGACCACAGGAUGGGUCAGAGCCUGACAAUGGCCCCCCUGGCUCCUGGCCCCGAGUUUUACCUUUUUAUUUUUAAGCGGGGGCUGCGGCGGUUACUCACGAACCUGGGAAUACCCCCACAGAUCUGACGUCAUGAGUGUCAAAUGUGCUCCCAGUUCUCCCAGGAGAUGUCAUGACAACACUACACACACCCAAUAAAACGGAUGGACGAUG